CAGAGAUUUCGUCUCGGAACGCGAUGGGUGACAGCAACGGGCGAAAUAUGCGGCCACCAUCCAAACGUGGUCCAUCUCCGUGUCGUGCCAAGCUGGCUCGACGCCCUCCUCUGGCCGUUGCGUCUCCUUCCCCCGCCGCUGCGGAACCUUCUUCAAACCCGCUGGCCUGAGUGGUUUCUUCCUACAAAUAUAAUUCUCAAGCGACAAAAGGCAGGCUGGGAGGACGAGUUCGAAAAUGAAAAGGCUAUUUACCAGCGGCUGGCCCCUGUGCAAGGGACAGUCGUUCCAGUUUGCUACGGCGAAGCCUCAUGCCCCGCCACCGACGACACGGGACCACGCGCCCUUGUUCUCUCCGACAUCGGAGGAAUCGGCCUAUAUGAAGAUGCCGCGGGCGGGCUGGACACGGAACAUGUCGAGGCGAUGCUGCUGGAGGCACUGCGCGCGUUGACGAACCUGGGCGUCACUCACGACGACAGCAAGCUGGAUAACUUUCGGUUGGUUAGAGAAAAGGAUAGGAUCAUGGUGAUUGACUUUGAC